UAAUUCUUCUGAAGCCGGUUUUCGAGCUUGCCUUGUCCUGUAAGUCAACCAGAACUUCAAUCAUUAACCGGUUUGGACUUAUUGCGCCAUAGAGCUUGUUUUAAAGCGGUUUGGUUACAACUAUCGAUGAUACUGCAAAAGAACAUGGGAGGUCCUUCACCGCUCCUUCUUAUUGCAUUAGUUCUCGGGUUUUCCUUCACCACUUACAAUCUGGUAACAAUGGUAAUGCACAAUAAAUCUCUUUCGAAACCGAUUGUUGACGACUCCAAUGGUGGGAUGUUUUUUGAUCCAGUCAUUGAGAUGCCCGAAAGUGUAAAGAAAUCGAAGAAUGCCAAACUGCCUUUUCAUGUUGCCUUAACAGCUACUGAUGCUCCAUACAGCAAGUGGCAGUGUCGGAUCAUGUACUAUUGGUAUAAGAAGCAGAAGGACUUGCCUGGAUCGGAAAUGGGAGGGUUCACCCGUAUUUUACACUCGGGGAGUCCUGACAACUUGAUGGAUGAGAUUCCUACCGUUGUAGUUGAUCCUCUUCCGGCAGGGCUCGAUCGGGGAUACAUUGUCUUAAAUCGGCCAUGGGCUUUUGUGCAGUGGCUUGAAAAGGCUGCAAUUGAAGAAGACUAUAUAUUGAUGGCGGAGCCUGACCACAUAUUUGUCACUCCCCUACCUAAUCUGGCACAUGGAGGAUACCCGGCUGCGUUCCCCUUUUUCUACAUUAAGCCGGAUCAGAACGAAAAAUUGUUAAGAAAGUUUUUCCCGGAGGAGAUGGGACCAGUGACAAAUAUAGAUCCGAUCGGCAAUUCGCCUGUCAUUAUCAAGAAGGAUUUAUUGGAACAGAUUGCUCCUACUUGGAUGAAUGUUUCUUUAAAAAUGAAGGAUGAUCCAGAGACUGAUAAAGCUUUUGGAUGGGUGCUAGAAAUGUAUGCUUAUGCUGUGGCAUCGGCUUUGCAUGGCGUGCAACACAUUCUCCGGAAAGACUUCAUGCUUCAGCCACCAUGGGAUCUGGAAAUAGGGAAAAGGUUCAUAAUUCACUACACCUAUGGAUGUGACUACAAUAUGAAGGGUGAGUUAACGUAUGGUAAAAUUGGGGAGUGGCGAUUUGACAAACGAUCACAUCUACGAGGACCACCACCACGAAAUCUCCCCUUGCCUCCUCCGGGGGUCCCGGAAAGUGUGGUGACCCUUGUGAAGAUGGUGAACGAAGCAACGGCUAACAUUCCGAACUGGGACGCGGAAUAAUCAUCCUGUAAUACAGCCAAUGGAAGUUUUAUUUGCAGUUAAAGGAAUUUUUUAUCGAAUCGAUAUUGAAGCUCUAGAAAAUCGGUUUAUGAAUACCUUAGCUCAAAUUGAAACUUGAGAUUUCAGAAUGAAAUCUUACAUUC